AUGACACACGUAUGGAACUCACUAUUAACAACCGUAUUAUUCAUCAUCCUCGAAAUAACCAAUGUUGAAAAUGUAAAAAAAAAAACUAUCCAGUAUAUAAAAAAUUAUAACCAUUACGAUCGCGUGAUUAGGGGAAUUUCAAAAAAUAGACACACAAAUAAUGUCACGUACGCGUCACCACAUUCAACUUCGAUACCUGAAAAUGAGGAAAACAUUAAAGGAUAUACUACUGCCAACAAUUGUGGAAACAAAAUGAACAAUCCAACUAUAAUGGAGAACACGUAUGAAGAAGCCCUAAAAAUAAUCUCCGAUAAACUGGAGGUACUUAAAGUAGAAAAUAUGGAAAAUGUAGAACAUAUUAACACAUUCAUGGGAUUCUUAAAAAAAUAUUUUGGAGAAAUGAAAAAAUAUAAACCUUGCUCACCGCAGAAUUUUUUAGAAAAUUUUUUAAAAUAUAUCGAAGCGUUUAAAAAAUACAGAUACUAUACAUUUCCGAAUGUACAUAAAUAUGAUGAAACUUUAUAUGAAUGGUCCAUAGAAUUCUGGUCUCAAUUAAUUGACAAAAAAAAUUCUAAAUUCAUUGGGAUUCAAAAUAUUGAUAAAAUAAAAAAUUGGAUACAACAAGGACAUAAUGUAAUAAUAUUCAGUAAUCAUCAUAUAGAAGCAGAUGCAAAUAUAUUAAAAUACUACUUUCAUAUUCAUAAUGCUCAAAAUAUUUCAAGAAGAAUAAUUUUCAUUGGUGGCCAUAAAAUAAGAUCAGAUCCAUUAUCUAGACCAUUUAGCGUUUCAGCUAAUCUUCUCUGCAUUUAUUCCAAAAAGUAUAUUGAGAAUCCACCACACCUUAGAGAAGAAAAAAUUCUAUUCAAUCACAAAUCUCUUAACGCAUUGAAAAAUUUGUUAACCGAGGGGAGAAAUAUCAUUUGGCUAGCUCCAAGUGGAGGAAGAGACAGAAAAGGCCCAGAUGGUAACAUCAAAAUUUCUCCCUUUGAUCCAAAAAUUAUACAAACUUUUUAUAUCUUUGCAAAAAGGGCCAAAGUAAAAACUCAUUUCAUAGGAUUAGCAUUAAAUACCUAUAACAUUUGUCCACCUCCUAACACAGUUGAUGUUGACGAAAUUGAAAAACAAAGGUCAUGUUCAUAUUCCCCUGUUGGGUUAAAUUUAGGGGAAGACCUUUUUGAUGCGUAUCCUCAUAUUGAUGAAAAGGUUAUAGCAAAAUAUCUGUACACCUAUGUCAAUAAAUUAUAUAGUGAUAUAACUGAACUAGUGAUGAUAUAG